GUCUGACAGCUCGCCAGAGCCAGCCAGAACAGUCAGUAGCAUAAACUUACCGAGGCAAACACCACGCGCGCAUCCGAAUAUACCCAAACACGAUGCUCAUCGCCCGUAUAUCCCCAAACGAAAACUGAAUAUUUUACCAAACAGUGGCAUUUAUCGCACAAUGAUCUGUUUGUGAAGUGAAAAUUUAUGUAGUUACGUGAGUUGCAUCAAGAUUGAUUGGAUUGUAAAAACUAUCGUAAAACUACGGCGAUACAUACUUUCGGUGCGGCAUGGAGGCGGUGUGCGAACGCGGCGACAGCGCGUGUGAUGUACACGCGCUGGCCGCCGCGCUGCACUCGCUACAUCUGUACUGCGCCACCAUCUCCACUGCGCUCAUCUGCUGCUGCGCACCGCGGCCUGCGCGCUCUGAAUGGAUCGGAAAGCGUUGGCGCGGGCAGACAGUAAGGGGGACAGCUAGCCUUGCGCUUGGAGCAGUGUGGUGCUGCAGCGCGGCUGCUGCGUCGCUGCGUCGUGGACGCACCGUUGCCCUGGUGUCAGCCACAAUAGCGCCACUCGGAUGGCUCGCCGCCGCUGCCCUUCACACGGCACUCUGGACCCGGCGCUCCGCAGCACCACUCCUUUACCUAGCCGUAUACUGGUUGCUGUCGGCAACAUCUGCUGCUGCCAUCUUUUACCAAAGCAUCACGACCAAAGCUUCCUCUGAACACGUGGAUGUAUUUAUUCAGGGACUGUCGAUGGUCCUAUCUUUGAUCAUAUCUGGAGUGGACUGCUUCUGUUUUUAUGAAGAGGUGUCAAAACGACAACGCGCCCACCAGAAAUCAACAUCAUCGAAUCACAACGUGUUAUAUAAACAUAACGACACACACUUCUACUCAAAAAUAACAUUUUUCUGGAUAAAUGUUCUGCUGUGGCGCGGCUAUGAAUCACCCAUAGAGGAAGACGAUUUAGGAGAUUUGCCUGACGACGAGAAAUCUAAUAUUUUUUACGAGAGAUUUAAAAGAAUAUACAAUUCCAAUGAGAAGGACACAAAAUCAAGUAUACGCCAUCGCAGCAUAUGGCAGUGCUACAUUCAAGCGAUUUGGCCAAACUUUUACACAGCUGGUGUUAUGAAACUUCUGGGGGAUUUGAUAAGCGUAGUGCCACCUCUUGGGUUGGCAGCCAUUAUCCAAUACGUAGAAGGUCCUCAACAAGAAUAUAAUGAAAACUCCGAGGUCACCAUUCAGGAAUUCCUUAGCAACGGUUACGCGAUGUUGGUCGUCGUCACACUAUCACUUGUCUUCCAAGCCCUACUGUCUCAGAAUUCCACGCAUUUAGUGACCUUAGAGGGAACAAGAUUAAAAACAGGCUUACAGGGUUUGCUGUACGACAAAUGCAUGCGCUUGGGACCGUGGUCUUCGGCAGACAAUAAUACUGAGGAAGAGUCCCCUCUUCUCCAGUCCCCUAAAGAUAACGCCACCAGUCCCUCUGGCUUACUCACAAACCUUAUGUCUCAGGACACAUAUAACAUAAUGUCCUGCGUUUGGAUCUGUCAUUACUUAUGGGCCAUACCACUAAAGGUAUCAGUCAUAUUGUAUUUACUCUUUACCAAACUCGGCAUCAGCGCAAUAAUAGGUACAGCUGCCAGCGUACUCCUUAUAACGCCAUUACAGUUUUAUAUUGGCAAAAAGAUAUCUGAUAAUUCAAAAGACAUUUCUAAAUGUACGGAUCACAGAAUAUCAAAAAUGACGGAGAUAUUGCAAGGAAUGAAUGUUAUAAAACUAUAUGUUUGGGAAGAUCUUUUCAAUGAGAAAAUACUAAAUUUGAGAGAAGUAGAACUAAAGUUAUUGAACAAAGAUUCAAUAUAUUGGAGUUUUUUAACGUUUACAACACAGGUUUCAACAAUAUUGGUCACAGUCAUAACAUUUUUUGUAUAUUAUUUCCUUAACGACAGUAAAGGCUUAACUGCAGUUAAUGUUUUUGCUGGAUUAGCUCUAUUCAAUCAACUUACCAUACCUCUACUUAUCCUACCUGUGACAGUAAUGAUGGUGAUCCAAGCUAUGGUAAGCACGAAGAGGAUCAAAGAAUUUUUGGAACUUCCCGAAUCCAAUAACGUAAGAGAAGACGACAAUGAUGAACAUAACAAAUCAUCGAAUAUUUUUAAUGACGCAUUCAUUGGCAACGCACCAGAAGAUGUAUUAGAAGAAGUAUGCAAAGAAGAUGAGGGGGACGUAGAAGAUCAAUUUUCUGAUGACGAGAACAGUGGGAUCUAUCCAAAUAAUGAAUACUUAGUAAGAUUUAGAAAUGCGGCUUUUAGUUGGGGAGUCAAAAACGAAAUGCUACUCGAAGUUGAAGAUUUGGAUAUCCCCGAGGGGAGGUUGAUUAUGGUGGUAGGUGGAGGUAGUUCGGGGAAGACUUCACUUCUGUCCGCCAUCUUAGGAGAAAUGUAUCUUGAGCGGGGAGACGUCACGUACAAGGGGCGAGUGUCGAUGUGGUUCGCGGGCCAACCCCCUUGGCUGGUGGAGGGUUCGGUGCGGGAUAACAUCGUGAUGGGUGGCCCUUGGUGCCAACGCCGUUACAGCAGAGUACUACGCGCCGCAGCCUUGCGACCAGACUUGCAACUGCUGCCUGAGGGUGACGCCACACAUUUGGGCAGCCACGGCUCUCCGUUGUCUGGAGGGCAGCGGGUGCGCGUCUGCAUCGCUCGCUCAUUGUACUCUAAUGCACGACUGCUCGUGCUCGACGAGCCCUUGGGCGCUCUGGACGCUCCGCUCGCUCGUCACAUUGUCGCUCGUGCGCUCGUGCCUGCAGUGAGAGCGGGCCGCACCGUGGUCAUGGCCACCAAUCGACUGGAGCUGUUGCACUACGCUGAUUUGGUGAUAGCCAUGGAGGAAGGUCGUGUGUGCGGUGUGGGUCGCGCGGGCGUAGGGCUAGGUGCAGGUGCAAUGUCCCGGUGGGCGCGGCUGGCGGCGGAGGCGCGCGCCAACGCGGCCCGCACCGGUGCCGGCCCACCCGGCGGCGCUACCAGGGAGCGGACGCGGCUCAUGCGGGAACUCACGCGCGCCCGCUUCCAGAGAUGCGGAUCCGAUGACACCUUGAUCGGCAUCUGCGAAGCGGCAGGAGCGCACCUCCUGACCGAGGUGCGGACAUGCGCGGGCGGCAGCUGGCGGCGAUCUAUGCGCCAGAGACCAUCGCUUGAGCGCCAAUUCUCGUCGCCACCACCCUCCGUCCACAACUACAAAUGGCGACGUGAAGUUCGUCGUGCUGUUAGCGCUGAUGCCUCUAACACGGCGCUACAGCGAGAAGCAAGCUUGUUGCGUAGACUACUACGGCCACGCCCCCAUCGGACACUCUCUAGAUGGACACCAAGAACUCUACGUAGGCUAAUAAGUUCAGAUUCUGAAACGACUGCUGACGAAAAUGGAACAAACGUUACAGUAUCUGAUGAACAAACCGGAGAGGCAGCGUACGCUUCGCUCACAUCAAACGGUACAGAUGUAAGUAAUGAAGUUGUAAGAGAAGACCAACCGGCGAAACCUGAACCAGAAGAAACAAUUGCAGAGAGUGGAGCGUGGUGCGGAUACGGCAGAGCGUGUGGAUGGUGGGGUUGUGCGUACUGGGCGGCGGCUGUUGCGGCGCAAGCACUGGCCCUUUUUGCCGACUACUGGCUCACACAGACCACGGCCAGGAAUGCACAGACUCCCCUGUCUCGAGAUGAGAUGUGGUAUUCGGUCCGGUCGUACGCGGCGUGGUGCAUGGGCGCGUUGGCAGCGGGUGGCAUGGCAGGCGCAGCGUGCGGCGCGGCAGGCGCGCGGGCGCGGCGUCGCCUCCACGAGCGACUACUGCGCGCCACACUGCACGCGCCGCUGCACCACACACGCGCCACGCCCGCGCAGCUCCUGCACAGGUUCUCAGCCGACGUGCAGGUCAUAGACAGGAAAUUACCAAUAGCCGUUGGUCGUUGGGGUCAACUGGCUCUACUCUGCUUCGCUUCGUUGAUAGUGAAUGCGGUAGUGGCCCCGUGGACGCUGCUGGCGCUGCUACCCGCUGUGCUUCUCUACUUCGCACUCCAAGCCAUCUACUUGACUAACGCUAGAGAAUUGCAGCGUACAGAAGCGUUGAGCGCAGCGGGUGUGGUCUCACUAGCGGCGGAGACGAGCGUGUGUGCGGGCGCAAACACAGUGCGUGCGGGCCGCCUGCAGCCACUCAUGCGGUCGCGGCUACUGCGCCGUCUGGACAGGAACAACGACGCGCUGCUGCUGCUCAACGCCGCCAACCGGUGGCUGGGAACUGCACUGGACUUGGUAGGAGCAGCGACAGUUUGCGUGAGCAUGGGCGUCGCUCUAAACAGUGGCAGUGAAGGCGCGGUUACAGGUCUAGCAGGCACAUACGCGCUACUGCUGCCCGCUUACCUCGCGCACUUGGCUAAAUGCCGCGCCGAUCUGCAUCUGCAAUUGGCUUCUGUCGAGCGAGUGCGAACCGACACCAACCUCCCGCAGGAAGACUACAGGGAAGACUGUCCGAUACCAGAAGGUUGGCAGAGAAACGGAAAAAUCGUAUUCGAGAACGUCAGUAUAAGUCAUGAACCGUCCGACUCACAACCAAUACUCAGUAAUAUCAAUAUCUCUGUAGCACCUGGAGAAAAGGUAGCGAUCUGUGGCCGCAGUGGGAGCGGCAAGUCAACCUUAGUGUUGACUUGCGCAGGCGCAACUAGCAUUCGUAGCGGGCGUUUAUUAAUCGACGAGGCCGAUGUGACACAAGUGGCUUUACGCGCCCUGCGACAUCGGGUGGUGGUGUUACCGCAAGAAGCUACCCUGUUCUCAGGCACUCUUCGGGAGAACCUAGAUCCUUUGGCUGUCCAUACGGACGAGGAGAUCUGGCAGAGCAUAAGAGCUGUCGGAUUGCACGACUUCGUUUCUGCGCAGCCCGCUGGUUUAGAGUGCAUAGUGCGUGGCGCGGGUAACGGUGGGGCUGGUUGGGCGAGCGGUCGCGCGGGGCGGGCAUGCGCGGCGCGGGCGGCACUGCACGCGCGGCUGGCGGGCGCGCUCAUACUGGACGAGCCGGCCGCCGCGCUAGAUGCGCCCGCAGAGCGUGCGCUGCUGGCCGCGCUGGCUGCCAGCGCGCCCGGCACUACGCUGCUUACUGUCGCGGUCAGUAUCCGCAAUCUAUCUAUAUGCGCGCUCAUACUGGACGAGCCGGCCGCCGCGCUAGACGCGCCCGCAGAGCGUGCGCUGCUGGCCGCGCUGGCUGCCAGCGCGCCCGGCACUACGCUGCUUACUGUCGCACAUCGCAUCUCGUCGAUACGCGGUUACGACCGUGCCGUUGUGUUAGAAGAGGGCCGCGUGGUCGAGCAGGGCGAAGUGAAGAGUCUACUAGCGCAACCCGCCUCGCGGUUAGCGAGAAUGCUAGCCGCUGCUCACCGGCAGACCUAAUAAUUAUAUUAGUAUUAAUUUUACCAAUAUUUUAUAUAAAGCAGCUCAUACUCUGUGAACACCAAAUUAUUAGCAAAGUCGGUAUUGGAAACUUUGGGAAAGUACUAAGAAGAAGGGUAGUGGUCUAGCAGGGUAAAUUGUAGACGCUGCAUGCGCAACUCCCCUGCGAGAGAAUGCUAUCCGCCGCUCACCAGCAGACUUAAUAACUAUAUUAAGAUUAACUUCUACAAAGUUAUAUGAAGCAGCUCACACUUACUCAGGAAUACUAUGUGAACUAUACUUAUUAUAAGCAAAUAUGGCUAAAUACUUAACUAAACUUUGCGAACACAAUUUAUUAUUAGCAAUGAAAAUGGCAUGGAAACUUUAACAAAGUACCGACGUACAGUUGAAUUAUAUAAUUAUCAUGCUAAAAAUAAAUCUUUUUUCUGCGAAUUCAAGCUUUCCUCGUUCUAAGCGGUCUACUAAGAAUGGAAAGAGUACGAAAACGAAGCACGCUUGAAAGAGAAUAUACUACAUACUACACUACUUUAUAUAAUAUUGUUUUUUUGAACUAAUGGCUGUUAAUUUUGGUAAACUUAACUGAAUUUUAUAAAGUAUCUAUUACAAAUUUAAGGGUACCGCAAAAUGAAUAGAAUGAAUUGAAAGUACUUAAUUAUUUACAAACUCAUAUAAAAGUCAAUAAUAUGCACGCGACGCCAGCCUCGGUGUCUACCAAGGCAACGUCUUUUCUUGUGUACAAAAGACUUCUGUAGGCUAUCAGUGUAAAGAGAAUAUUUUUUUACUUUUGUACUGUAUAUUAUCAAUGUAGACAGUAUGUAAAGUAUCGCUUACAGAGCAAUAAAGGCAGAAGUCAAUAUUUGAAUUUAAACCUAAAAGUAAUCACCCCAGCAAACUUUUUGAGCAACGACCAUAGACAAGGACGUCUGCGCAGGAGCAAUUUUACAUACAAAAACGUCUACUGCGCAAGCUUAAAUGUCUAUGGUUUUGCCCAAGAAGUUUGCCGCUACGUACGUACGCUAUACGUAUCUUAAAUCUCGCAAGUGCAUAGGCUCCUACCGCUUUUCGUGGGCGCUUAUUAAUCUCCACAUUAGAAAUAUGCUCGAAAGAAUAAGACUAAAUUUAGUAUGUAAUUAUAAUUAGGGCAGUUUUGUGCCUGGAAAAUUAUAGGACUGUGUGAAUCUUUUAAGUGCUUAUUCGUGUUAUGAGUGAUAAUUAAUGUUGUUCACAAUCUUUCGUUAUUAAAUAAUCACAAUGAUAUAUUUUAUUUUUAUUUCCAGUUUGUACAAAAUAUUGAUAACAUUUUCGUUUUACCUCUUACUAUUUUGGUAUAUUUAUUGAUUUUACAAUUAAUUUAUUUCUUUGUGAAAUGUAUUCACUCUAUGUACAUAUAAUAUAUAACAAAAAAAUAUUGGUUAUAUUUUUCAGACAUUACCUAUAUAAAACAGACUGUUUCCACACCACCGAUUGUUACAAAUUAAACGUUCAAAUAAAAGUCACAGGUGUUUUUUUUCUUACCAAAAUGUAUUUCCAAUAGAACAACAAUUGCACAAAACUCUUUUUAAAGCUCACAUAGGUGGCGCGACCGACGCGCUCCGCACACAACGUGCGACCAGAGUCAACGAUACUUAUAAAACUAUAUCACUACAUAACAAAUUACAACAAUAUUUACGUUGGCACCGAUUCAUAAUUAGUAAAUAUAAAAACAUUUUGUGUCGUGCACAAAUCAUAUAAAAAUAUUUACUUAAAGUAUUUUAACAUACUUACAGCAAUAAACUAAAUUAAAUCUCGACACGGUUAAUAUUUUUAUUUCACUUAUUGACUAUAUUGGUAUUCACAUUGGACAGGAGGGAGUUUACUCGAAAUUCAUUAGUUUCUUAUACAAAUGGCUGUCACAUAAUUAAUAGCUUCAUAUAAAAAUAGAUCAUUAUAAGGGGCUUCAACACAUUACAGCAACUUCAUAUUGCGCUCAGGGCUUGUAACCGGUUUCGAAAAUACCGGUAAACCAAGGUUAAUACCGGUUUUCAGUAAAGGUUUCGUUCGGAGGGCGUCCGAAAUGAAAGCGGUACCUAAAACCUUAAAAAAACCGGUUUAAUCCAGAGCGCCACGUGUACGCGUCGGUAUCGCUUGAAGUUAGUUUUGUUUGAACUAAUCAAGUCACAACUUGUUAAUGCUCAGAUAUUGAUGCAUUUCGAGCCGUUACCGCCAAAUUAUCGUAAGCGACACUUUUGUCGAAACGUGUACGAUAAUUUGGCGGUAACGGCUCGAUUUAUUGACACGUUUGCUAGCGUCAGGUGAGUCAAGUUAUUCAUUUUGUAGUUGUGUAUUGACACACUACUUCACUCACUCGCUCUGUAGUUGGAAAGAAACUGACAUUAAAUCAUUAUAAAUUUAAAUUGAAACGGCGAAGGCGAUGCCGUCAUUAAGAGCGAAAUGAAACCCUUUAAAAAACCGCUAAAUUGCUUCAAAGGUAGAGCCAAUCCUAAAUAAAACGCUCCUAAUGUACUUGAUACUGAUUUAGGUUUGAAAAUUAACCGGUAAACAAGCCCUGAUUGCACUAAUUCGACUUAAAGUCGAAUGCUUUUGCAUUGAAAUGGGAUCUUUAUAUGACGGUAAAGUUGGAGUUUUGAAAUUUUCAAUGUUCGAAGCGUACAAUUAAUUAAAUAUUUCGAUACGAGAGUUAAAUUGGAGUUGAAGUUGAGUUGCUGUAAUGUACUAAGACCUCAAUUAUGUUUAAAAUUAGCUAUAAUUCUUUGGCAAAAAUAACUCGAUGUAGGCUAUUAAAAUUAAAGUAAGUAUUAAAGGCACUGAAUCAGGACACUUUAUGUAUACUAUGUAUACCAACAUAUACGAUAAGUAUAUUAUGAAGACUAUUAAAUAACAUAAUUACUAUUAUCAAACAAAGACCGUGUACAGUACCCAGCCAUUUAUAAGUCACUUCGUGCUUUAGAAAGAGGUACUCGGCUAGCUUUGGCUUCGUAUAGCGCCGUCUCUGUCACCCCUGUCAACCUGACGCUUAGUCGCUGACUUGUCAGUCAUAGUUUAACGUCGCUAAAGAGCAGUCGCGUUCUUCUUCAAAUAUAUAUACAGAGUUGCUAAAACCAACAACAAAAAAAUAUUCAUGGCAUCUAAAAUAAAAAGUGGGAAACCUUUGCACGGAUAGUCUCGCGAAAUUGUUUACAAUGUAUAUAAAUAUUUCGUGAAGAAAGUAAAAAAAUUAAGGAUGAUGAUGGCAGUAAUUAUUUUAUGAAGUAUCAAGAGCGAGUUGCGAGUGCUACUGGAAUUUCAAGAAAAACUGUCAGAAAUAUAUAAAAUGAAGCUGAGGAAGCUGAUAUUGAUGCACCAUCCACUUCAUUUAAGUUUAGUACUCCCAAAAAAGGGCAACAAAAAAAGCGACACCGUUUGGAUAUAGAUGACUUUGAUUAUGAUGUUGUUCGGAGAAUGGUGUAUUAUUUUCACUUAAGAUUUAAUGAAUUGCUGACAAUUAAAUCGUUGAAAAUCAAAUUAUCUGAGGCUUAUUAACUAUAAUGGAUCUGAAAAGACGUUGAUAAAAAAUCUUCUAGAGAUGGGAUUUCGGUUCACUAAAAUGGAAGAUAACAGAAAAGUGUUAAAGGAAAAACAUGAUGUAAAACUCAAACGAAUUGAAUACCAAGAUAAAAAAUGCAAUUUUCGCAAUGAAGGAAGAAAAAUAAUUUAUAUGGAUGAGUCUUACAUACAUACAUCCCACACAAAAGACAAAAGUUGGAUUGAUGAUAAAAAAAAUAGGAGUAAAGAAGCCAAUUUCAAAGGGUCAACGGUUGAUAAUAGUUCAUGCAGGCGACGAAAAAGUUUUUGUUCCCGGUGCUUCUUUAACAUAUUCAAUUAAUCCACAGAUACCACAGGCGAUUACCACAAAGAGAUGAAUAAUGAAAACUAUGCGAAAUGGCUGCUUAAUCAAUUAAUACCAAAUAUACCCAAUAACUCCGUUCUGGUUAUCGACAUUCGCUAAUCAUUCAUAAUAAAUAUGUAGAAAGACCCCCAAAUUCCAACACUUUAAAACAGGAAAUGAUAAACUGGUUAAACACAUAUAACAUUCCAGUUGAUCCAAAUUUGACAAACCACAGAUUUAUGCUAUUAUAUGUCGCCACAAGGAAAAUUUUACAGAGUUUUCCGUAGACAAAAUACUUGCAGAACAUGGGCACACUACGUUGCGAUUGCCGCCACAUCACCCGGAUUUCAAUCCUAUUGAAAAUAUAUGGUCUCAAUUAAAAAGGCUAUGUAGCCUCUAGAAAUGUAGAUAUGAAUUUGAAUUUGGUGAAAAAUUUAUUGACUGAAAAAGUAAACAUGAUUGGAGCUGAGAAGUGGAAAAAUGUUUGUGAUUGUGAACACGUAAUAAAAUGUGAAAAUUAAUAUCGAUAAACUGAACAUCAUUUAGACAAUUUUACUGAUAGGCUAUAAUAAUAUAAAUACGAGCGAAAGUGACAGCGAUGGCGAGGUUGAGAGCUCACAUAGUGAUAUGGAAGGAAUUGAGAAUUUAGAAUCUGAUUAGUAAAAUGACACGGAGAGCCGAAGCUAGCCGAUUACCUCCCUCUAAAGCACGAUGCGACUUAUAAAUGGCCUGAUACUGUAUACGCAUGUUGAUUUUAAUUAAUAUUUUGGACAUCGAGCUACCGUCAUAUUGUUCAAAGCCAAACAGGUACUUUUUGUUGUUAUUAUUUAAGUUAAUAUUAUUUAUAAAAAAAUCUAUAUCGCGGACGAAUGUAUUUAUUUUAGUUUCUUAACGCGUAAAGUUAUCUGCCACCUUAAGGUCUAAAGGCAACUUAUAUAAUUAAUAUAAAUGCUCAAAUUACAACAACAUUCAUAAAAACUACACAUAUAGAUUGUGCGUUAAGUAAGAAACUUUUAAAUUCGGCUCAGUUUAACAAUUAGUGAACACCAACAAUUCGCACAUUAAGUUAAUUAAUAUCUCUAUAAAAGAAAAUACAAAUAAAACGUUCGCUAACUGCCGAAUACUCGAAAGCUUUUUAAAAUAAAUACUAAGCAAAGUAUACCUGCACCUCUAAUAUGACCACCGAAACGGGAAACGAAAUAUGAUAAAGCGAUAUAUCGGCAUUAACUGUCAGACUACAGUGGAGUUUGACAGUUGAGACUCGAUAAAAAGCUUUAUCGUAUCCCGUUUCCUGACCUACUUAAACUAUUUCAAAGUCAACAUUUAAUGCAUUGCAUGCAUGCAAGAAAUCUAAAAGAAUGCAUUUUCAGCUAAGAUGCAGCUUUAAUAAUUUACAAUUUUCAUAUUAUUCAAUACAUAUAAUUUCACCUCUGCCAGGGCUUGAAUUUAUGUAUCAUAAUAAAUUAGAAUAUAACAAAUUAAAAAAUCUUUCGAGUUUCGGACCAUUGGCUUACAUAUUCGAGAUGGCAUUUUGCUAUUUAAUCUCUCGUGUGUGUUGACAGUUGCGUUUUAUUUGUAAUAUCCAAGAUUAUAUUUUCAAUGGCCGAAGCAUUAACACUUCAAUUUAAGUCACAACAAUACAAAAGUCCUGCAAUAAACCCACAUAGUACUCCUCAUGAAAUAUAUAAGUAACACGCAAGAAAUCAACAACUCUAUAUGAGAUAUAAUUUGUACAUAUCACAGUCUUGGUUCAGAGCUAGUCUACGCUAAAGAAGUCCAAUUUCUAUUAUAAUGAGUAUAAUAAUAUGUACAUUAAUAUAAUAUAUUAUAAUGUUAAUAUAGUAUAUUAUAAAGUCCGAGUUUAGUAAAAAUAGAUAUAGGAAAUAGAUGAAAGAUAUAAUUUAUAUAGGUAGUAAACGACAUAAAAAACAUAUAUUUAGGUACUUUCUGUUUAUACAUAAAAGCUCUGCACCAAACUGUUAAAAUAAUAAUUAUUAAAUAUAUUUAACAACAAUUUAUAACUAAGGCGUGCAUCCCUACCAGUGUGGUGCGAACAGUUAUUCAAAUAAUAACAACCUCAACAACAAUACAAUGCUUUUUACAACAAUUUCCUUCAAUUAUAAUUUUCUUAGCAUGAAACGUACGACUGAUGUUCCUCUUAAUACCUAAUAAUAUUUAUAUUCAUAUUUUUGAGGAAAUAAAUAAUAUUGAUUGCAUAAUAAUGUUAUAUUGAUUUAAUUGUGUAAACAUUGUAAAAAUAAUUCAUUUUAGAUAAAAUACGUGGUAUAGUAAUUACGUAUAUAGUCUGUAAACUAUUAGUCUGUUUAUUUAAGAGAUUCUUAUUUUAAUACACUAGUGAUCUGCCCUUGCUCCCUAGGGUAUACUAUAUGGUCCACUUCCGUUUAAUGGAUUUAUUAUUUAUUUAAAGAGUUGCUUUAUUUUUAAGUAAAUCCAGAAGUUAGAUUGUUAAAUAAGACUCUCUUUAAUAAAUAGAUUUAAAAAUUAGUAUAUAUACAUAUAUUUAGAAAGGCACCAUUCAUUGACCAAGUUUGACGGACGUAAUCAAUGUAUCUAAUAUUCCAAAGCUCGACUAAUGUUUAUACAAAAAGCAAUUUAAAUAAGUACGGCCCGUGUAAAGAUGUAAAGGCGUGUACGAAUGUACUUCGUACGUGUGGACGUAAAUUAACAAAGCAUACAAGAACUUCUUAGGAACACAAUUCGAUAUGUGUUACCGCCCAGUAUACGUAGAUUUGUCGUUGGAAGUGGUCGACAGUGAAGUAGACACAACAUUUUAUGCUUUUCGUAGUGUUUCUCGCAAUUUCUUCAAAUAAUGUAACCAAGGGGAGUGCAAAUCGUAAGUGGACCGGGGGUUCCAGAUUUGAAAAUAGGGUUGAGAAAAUCAGGAACAAAUGUAUUAGAGCUUUAUUGAAAUAAGUAUUCAAACUUUACGAGUUUUCUAUAGUUGUUCUCUGCCUCAGGUAUGUUCAUCACCUGUAAAGAGUUAAAUAAGCAUAUAUGUUUUGAUAAAAUGAGCUCGCUUUUACAUAUCCUGUUACAUACCAGUGGAGUGCUAUAAUUCGAGCAUGAAAGUAGAUAGUGGGUGUAUUCUGAAAUAUACACCGGUACGCUGGCCACGGGUAAUGACGUCAUGAAUCGACGCCAUGCUCUUGAUUCGUUCCAAAUACACUGAUCAGCGCGGUGACGUCAUGAACUGCCGCUAUAUUGAAGCAAAAAAUUAUAAUAAAUUUUAACCUACAAUUUUAACUGUGAUUAUUUGAAAAGAAUAUAAGUGAUAGCUAUUAAGACAAUAUCUCGUUUUGUUGUUGAAACACAAUUCGACUAAGGCUAAUAAAUAAUUACGUCACAGUAUUCUUACCAGCUUAAUAUGGCGGCACACCAGUGCAAUAUGGCGUCGAAAUCAUGACGUCAUUACCGCUGGCCAGCGUACUGGUGUAUAUUUCGGAAUACACCUAGUGUGUGGUGUUGUUUACUCACCAUGACCGGUAGAGGGCUGUGUUGGUUAAUGUCUGGUUACGUGGGCUCGGAUUUGACGCCGGCGCUGGCAGCGACUGCCUGACGCGCCUCUUCAGGCAGCCGCUCGGGGUUCGUUAGGAUGUCCGUAGUGGUGCACAACACUCGGAGGGAGUUUAGCACCGCUGCAAACCCCAUUAGCGUUUUAUUAUAUUUUUAUUUUUUAAGCCAUUAACUGCUUAAUAUUUAAAUAUAAAGAAAGUUAACUAGAAAAAAAAUCCUCCUUUACCUAGAGAUUUAAACAUUAGCUUGUUAAUCCUCUCAUUGUUAAUCGGGACACACGCAAGUGUGUAGACAUAAUUUGUUGCUUAAAAUUGCCAAUACUCGGGAUAACAAAUAUCUAAACACCACAGUGAGAUGAUGAUUUACGCAAAAAAAAACUAAAUAUUUGUCAAUUAAACUAAAGUACGGCUAACGAGAAGCGAUACAAAAUUUCAUUCACCUUAGACGAGACUAUGGGACUGACGGUCUAAUAACUAUCUCUUUCAUCUCUUAUACAUGAAUAACGUCUCAUUCGGUCGUGUCACGUCACGUCAUCGCCGAGGCACCGAGUUCGACAACAUUCGGGCGGCCAUUUUAUAGUAAAAAAUAAUGACAUAUUUGCAUUUCGUUCCGUGUCUUUCCGAUACUACUCGUGGUAAUAACUAAAGUAGAACUUUUUAUCAGCUGCAGUAAAAUGACGUUUUGUGGGUUACCACUUUUUGAAGAAAAAUAAAUAGGGAUGUAGCUAAGUGAGUAAGUGAAUCAUUCAAUAAAUGAAUGAUCAGUUUGGUUUCGUUUAAGAGAUUUAAUAUUAAGUUGUAAUGAUUUUUUAUUCUAUUAUUAUUACUAUAGCAAAGGAUUGAUCUUUUUUAUUGGAAGUAUCGGGAGGUACAUCCAAAAUUAAACUAAAAGUCAUAACAAUGUUAUUUAUUAAUCAAAUAUUUUCGGGAUCACUAUCGCUGUCGCUUUCGGUCACACUAAUGACAAAUCUGUCUAUCAUUUCAUCAAUAAUAUGAUCGAGGUGGCACAUUUUGUCUUUCUCUUUUAUAGUGUUAGACACACAGUCACUCCACUUAACCGGUGUCAUUUUGUUGAUUCCUUCUUGGAAUAAAGUUUUCACUUCUUGCAUUUUAUAUGUUUUAUUAAUGUUUGCGACGUGCCCCCUUACCCGAGCCCAAACCAACUCGAUGGGGUUCACUAUAUUUGGUUCAAAUGUAAUAUUUUUAGUGGUCAGCCACUCUUGAAGCUAAUUGGUCAAAAUUCCACAUGGGGUGUGAGAAAACAUAUUAUACCUAACGUAUAAUAAAAAGAUUAAUGAUUACAGGUAAAAUAACUUUUGCGAUGGUGGGUACUUCAUUUCUAUGAAAGAACUGAUGUACAAUUCGUCUAAUAUCGGUGAAUAUGAAAUCAUCAGCUUUUUUUUAAAUGUAAUUUUUGGGCCAGGUUUUUCGGGAGGUUUUGGUGAUUUACAGUCGUUCUCCUUGUGCUCCUUUAAACAAAAUAAACAGUGCGGACGGAUAUUCUCAAGACUUCAGCCACCUUGUUGACGCAUACACUUGUUUUUAGAACUUCAAUAUUUGAUUCUGUAGAUUUCACUUCAAACACAUAUUUGUAAACGUUUCUGACCCAAAGUUUCUCGGUUACACUAAGAGCUACACGUGGCCUUUUUUUCUUAGGAAAUAGAAAUGUAUCUCUAUCUUGUAAUAUGCUCAACUGAGCAUCCAUGUAUUCGAUGUAACAAACAAAAAAAAGCUGACACGAUUAAGAAAAAGUAGGUAACUAAAAACCAGUACCAACUUGAGAUUUUAUACAGCCUUUUAUUUAUAUGAAUAAUAAAUAGAAUUAAGUAUGAUCAUCAUGAGUUAGUUAUGGAACGAUUAGAUUUUCUGUGUAAACCUAAUCACAUCCCUAUUGAAAUCAGGCGGUCAACAUUAUUUUACGGAAUGACAUUUUGAAACGUCAUUUUACUGCAGCUAAUAAAAAGUCGAAGUAUAAUAUUUUUUUGUUUUUUUAACUGAUAUGAUUUUCAGUUCUUAAAAUAGAAUUAUAUGAAAACACAGUUUUAUAUAUAUUUUUUAAAUAUAUUAUGCAUAUUAAAAUGAUAAAAGUCCUAUGUUAAUUUUCAUAAAUAAAGUUAUUUUUAAAAAUGUUGCCAAACCUUUCAUCGCUUAGUUUCAUUUUGUAUUGCUUUUCUUUGGCCGUACUUCAACAAUACAAUCAUAAAGAAAAGUAUACUAGAAAAAAAAACGCUUCGACGCGGCUAAGUAGCAUAAUGGUCAGUGCAUUCACCCGGAUUGCGAAGGAUGCGGGUUCGAGUCCCGUCCGCUGCCUGGUCCGCGUGGAUUUUUUUCUAGUAAACUUUUCUUUAGAUUUAAACAUCUAGCAGUUAAAUGCUUAAAAAUAAAUAAAAUCACAAUAUAAUCAUUUUUUUUUCAUUAAACUAACUAACGAGAUUGUAUCAACCUAUCAACGUACACAUCGUACCGGGUCUCAUCUCGACGAACGAGCAGUGUUGCUCGGCUCAUUGCAGCGUGGUUCGCGCCAGAUCUACGCUAAACUGUUGGUGGAGAGUAUAUCGACCUAUCAAUAUACACAUCGUACCGGGUCUCAUCUCGACAAGAGAGCAGUGUUGCUUGGCCCAUGGCAGCAUGGUUAGCACCAGAUCUACGCUAGACUUUUGGUGGGGAGUUUAUCGACCUAUCAAUGUACACAUCGUACCGGGUCUCAUCUCGACAAGCGAGCAGUGUUGCUCGGCCCAUAGAAGAGUGGUUCGCACCAGAUCCGCGCCGCUUCCACAGGAUACGCAUGCGCUAAACGAGUCCACUAGCGCCGCUGCUACUACGCUAAACUGAAUCAAGAGUGAAGGAACAUAAUUCAACAUACGGUGAACAGAAUAUUAUUCUGUAUUAUUAUUUUUUAUCUACUGAUAUAAAAAAAACAUUAGUUAAAAUCACUUAAAAUAAACAAGUGCAAACACACAAAAAAAGAACUAUCAAAGUUUUAACAGAUUAAAAAUUGUUUAAUAAAACUGCAUUGAAUUUGUUUUCUAUUUUAUUAAACACCUGAAGAAAACUUAAUUUCAAUAAGGCAAAUACGAAUAGCCAUGUGCAAAUCAGAAGUGUAAUAUAGAAUUUCAUUGAUUCAUAUUGUUCAUAAUAUUUUACAUUUUUCAUAUCUUCACUGAUUAAAUAUUUUAUGACCUUAAAAUGAACCGGAAAUGCAAUUCAUAUUUUGAUAUUUGCAAUUGUGUUUCAUAGACAGACGCGGUCUGCGGCCCCGUCCGGGGUGAUGACGCCUUAGUAGUAUUCGCUUGCAAUGUAAACACAAGUGACCAAAUAGGGUUGGCCGCGGCCGCAGGCCGCCUCUGUAUCAAAUCUGGAAUGCAAAUUGAACUGUUCAAUUUGUCAGUUUUAUUUAGAACGCUUAAAUCUGUCUAUUUCAAAUGUUCCAUACAAAUGUCGCUAUUUUUAAUCCCCUAAAAAUAACGGAUGGUAUUAGUAUUUAUAAUUAUUCAUUUUUGUUUGGUAUGCUUCUAUUCUAUUCUUUUUAAAGGCAAUAGUGUCGAUGCCAAUUUCGACAAUUCUGUCAAUAUCAGAAAGUGAUAAUCAAGCGUUGUGUUUUAUCAAUUUGUUGAACAAGCUGCAUUAGAAAUCUAUAUUUUGUCCGACUAUGGAUUACAACGUGUAUUCUUGUGGAACCUGUUGGUAAGUAUGCUGCAACAAAGAGUUUCCUAUGCUUGUAAGUAGUUUACAUCCUUGGCUAUAGCUGUCAAAAAAUUCAAGGGCUUUAUAUUUUCUUUCGAUUUAAACAUAUAGCAGUCAAAUGCUUUAAAAAUGAACAUACAAAGUUUUAUAUUUUUCAAAGGAUACGAGCCAAUACUUCCAAUUGUGCAUGGUGCGAUUGGCGACGUGCCUCGCAAACAUUUCACGAAGGCGGCCGGCGCGGGCUCUCGAUACUGGAGCUCCCGUCGCCGGUAACAUCGAGUGGCAGUUGCUGGCAAACCAUUAUGAACCUUAUUCAGCUAGCAAUAAAGACUUUAAACAUAACUAACGGACAUCCGCGACUUCGAAUGCGUUAUCUUUAGUUUUUUGAGAAUCCCACAGAAACCUAAAACUUUUCCGGGAUAAAAAGUAUCCUAUGUCUCAAUCCAGGUCAUGAACUAUAUGCGCGAAAAAUGUCAUCCAAAUCCGUUUAAGAGUUAUUGCGUGAUUGAGUAACAAACAUACAAACUUACACAUAAGUAGGAUUAGUAGGAUAGAGAGGAGCUGCGAUCGAGAUAGUUAAAUAACUUUUGCAAUGACCUCUCCCUACCCCACCGGGGUAUGUAGGGCCAAUGGUUAGAAUGUCCAAGGUGACAUCAUAAUGUCCAGAUAUUAUAAAGACCGUAAGUCAAUGUGUACAAGUCUCUGAAUGUCUAAGAAGUCAUAAUGUCCAGACCGGGUAGCACGAGCACGUUUAUCGCCGACAUAAGGCAUACGUCCCUCUCAUAAUAGUACUCAAAUAUUUGCCAACACGGGGCGAAUGCUUUAAGACUCCUGUAGUCAUAAAAAUAAAUAAAUUUGAAUUUAUGCCGACUAAUAAACGUGAUCGUGCUAGCUGGGCAGAUGUUAUAAAACCCAUUACAAGUGUUUUCUUUAGGAACUUGUGGUAUUAGGAUUCCUUAACCAAAAUGGCAAAUACUGAACCCUCAUAGUUUUAUCACUUAAGUCCCGUAUUUCACAGGCAUUUUACUGAAAAACAUCAAUGAUAUGAAGAUACGCUCUUUUGUACAUCGAAUUAUUUUCAUCAGUAGCUAUACCUAGUGCAUUUCUUAGUAUUCAGCAACGGCUUCGGGACCCUACUCUGAGCAUGGUUUAUCUAGCUGAUGCUGGCUUACGAUAUCCAUGUCAUUAGUGACACUUCAUAAUACUUAAACUCUCUUUGGUAAUCAAUUCCGAUAGAUAAUGGAUAUUGGCUUGAGAGGCUAUUACUGAUUAAUAAUAAAAUAAAUGAAGUUUUUAACUAUUUGUUGUUUUGGUAACUUGUCAUUAUGGCAAUUAGGCAUUUUAGCAAUUUGUUGUUUUGACACCUGGAUAUUGUGACAACUGGGUAUUCUAUCAAUUGGAUAAUUUGAUAAUUAGACAUUAUGAAAAUUUUAUUUUUUAACAAUUCGAUGUUUUGAAACCUGGAUUUUAGGACAACUGAGCAUUUUAACGAUUGGGCAUUAUUUCCUGUGACACACUGGACUUCUGACACUUGACCUAAAAUACCUCGGUCAUUGGAUCGAUGACCAAAAACUUAUUAUCUCGAGCUUCUCCGUGCUUCGGAAUGCACGUUAAGCAGUUGGUCCCAGCUGCAUCUGCAGUCUUAAGCACCAACCAAUACGCACUGGGCCCGCGUGAGGUAUGCAUCAACCAAUCUCCCAAUUCCAUCCAUAAGAGAGGACUGUGCCCCAGCAGUGGGGACAUUAAUAGGCUGAUGAUGAUGAUGACUAAAUAAAGAUACAAACAUAUUAUUGAUUAAAAUCGUACAGGCGGUAAGUGAUCGCGCGAGAUACGGGAGCGCCCGUAGCCGGCAACAUUGAGUGGCAGUUGCUGUUGCUGUAAGGUAUUAUAAACCUUAUGUACUUUGCAUUAAACACCUAUAUUAUCUAUUUGGUUCUCUAUGUAGUAUUACUAUGUAUUAUAUAUAACGGUAAAUGUUGAAAAAAAAAAGCAAUAAAAAGCUGACUUACGAGAUAGAAUUAUUUAAGCUUUCCGUUUGCUGUUUCAAACUUUCCAUUUCUUCUUUUAUUUGAUUUCUUUCUGCUUUUAGCAGUUUUAUAUAUUCUGCUCCCUUUUGUAACAUAGCUGCUUUACUUAUCUGUAAUAAUACAAAUCAGUUCAAGUUAAUUUAUGUCUUAAUAGUAUACAUUGUGACGCAGACAAUGGUCUAGCUAGCUCGAUUCUGACGUGAUUCUCUAAAAUUAAAAUUAAAUUUGACAACAGUGUAUCAUUUUAAUUCUCUAUACAUAAUGCAAAAGAGAGACUGCUAUUUAAGUUAGCUUUAAGUUUAGAGAAUCAUGCCAGAAUCGACCCCAAAAGUGUAAUAAACCAUUUUUUUCUUAAGUUACUUUUAAACAGAUAAGUUACAGUGUUUAUCAAUAUGGUGGAUGACUCAUUAUUGAUAAAGGCUAGUAGUUAAGGCGAGUUGUAUAUAGGUAUCCUAAAAUUAAAAAAAAAACACUCUCUGAGAUGAGUUUUUUAUCAGCAGCUCCACUGCUCCGCUGCUUCUGCUCCACGUUCAGAUAUUAUUCACAGCGUUCAUUAUCUGUCUGUCUCUCUCUCUCACCUUAGCCGCUGGGUUCGCGUAGGGGCGCGGUAUUAGCGCCUGCUAGGUAUCAAAUCCGUUCUUGAUGUUGUAGCGCCGCUUCUGUUCCGCGUGUAAGUAUUAUCUACAGCGUUUACUCUCUCUCUCGCUCACACACUCUCCAUCUCUUUCAUACCUUAGCCGCUGUGUUCGCGUUGAGGUGCGGUAUUAGUGCCUGCAAGGUAUCGAACCCGUUUCCGGUGUUGUAGUGCCAUAACUAUACUGUACUUACAAUAAAGUCACACAGAAAAGUGUAAAAAAGACAAGUACCCUUCUCUCACUCUCACCUUAGCCGCUGGGUUCGCGUUGAGGUGUGGUAUUAGCGCCUGCAGGGUAUCGAACCCGUUCUUGAUGUUGUAGCGCCGCUUCUGCUCCGCGUGCAAGUGAGUGCGCCGCGGCUCACGCGGAGAACCGGCGCGAGGCGAGCCCGGCGACGUGGGCGGCGAUAAUGACUAACCAAACCAAGCAGUAUUGCGCUUUUAAACUUAAUUUAUUGAUAUCUAAUAUCUAAAAUUCUCGUGUCACGGUGUGCCUAAUUGAACUCCUCCUCAUUUAUGAUGAGUAUGUACGUUAAAUAUGUGUGAAAUAUUUUAUUUUCUUAUUCAUAUAUAUGAACCAGCUUUUAAAAUAAUUAACUCAAUGUUUCCCUUCAUUUCCUAUGUAAAUAGUAUUUUAGACGGUGACAACGUUGGCCAGCGCGCGUGGUCCUCUGAAGGAAAGGGGAAGGUGGAAUAAGAGAGAAUAAUAAUGUGAAUAGAAUAUAGUUGUUCUAUAAAUAAAUAAGGCAGUAAACGCUCGCCGCUUUUGUUCCGUGUGCAAGUGAGAACAGCGCGGUUCACGCGGCGCGGCGUAUCAUAAUUAAAUUUUUGUCGAAAUCGAUUCUGAAGCCAAUUCCAACGAAACUACUUUUUUCCCCUUUAAAAGUUCUAUAAAAAUGUCCGGGACAGUAUAUGUCCAUCUUUGCAGUUUCAUUCACUAUAAACUUUUUCCUCAAAUCAACGCGAGGAAACCGCAGUGGACAUAUCGUUGUGACAUAACUGUAAUAGAUAGACAUGAUAUCGCGGACUUUUUUAAUUGAUACUGAUGUCUUCAAAAACAGUUCAGUACAUCACUUUGCUCAAUUGUUAAUGACUUCCACAGCGUACGCGAUAGAAGGUCAUUCUUUGGUAUUUUUUUCAUACGUUGGGUUAGGUACAUUAUCGAAGUUUUCAUACGGAAACCUAACUUUUUCGGAAAUACUUUAAAGCCUAUGUUUAUUAGGGAUAAUGUGGGAUUCUAAAUGCGAAAGAAUUUUACAAAUCGGUCCAGUAGUUUUGGUAUAGAUGAAUAUUAGUAUAGAUGCGUGUAUGUUAAGCUGUGUUUGUGGGCAUAUUCCCCCCAUAUAAAUUAAAGACUAGUUUAAUUAAUAUUAUGUCAAUGCCAAAUAGGUAUAUUGGUUCAGGUUUUUCAAUGACUAUUAGGAAGAAAUUUGGGAAUAUUGGAAAUAAAGCACGAAAGUUACUCUUUCUCGAGGAAAAAAUCUUUUAUAUGAAGGGAAUGGAUACUAACUACAGACAGCCUAAUUAUUUUUUUAUUAUUUUAGCUUUUUUAAGUGAAGUAUAGAAUCUUUAAGUUAUUAAUUGAGACCUAUACAUAGAUACAUUGUACAGGGUCUGUUAAUGAAGUAGCACAAGAGGAUCAAUUACUAAGGAAAUACACCAUAUUUACGAAACCUCUUCGGUGUUUUUUGUUUAUUUUUAUAAACUUACCUUACUACUUAACUUACUUGAUGUGGUGACAUGACGUCGCUGCCAAUAGGUGACGGUUGACCUUUCCUAAUGGGUGAUCUCGUGGGGUCAGUGCCUAGUAGGCCUUCUUCUGUACUACUAUUAAGCUUAUAUGAGCUUUUAGCUGGAAAAUAUAUGUAAUACACAUUCAACGCUUAAUUCUUUAUAAUAUGUAGUUAAUUAAAGUAUCUACAGAUUUUUUUGUGAAAUUAUUACAAGAACAUAGAACAAAUUCUACAAAACCAACUUAAUUUUAUAAGAAAAAAAUAGACUAUUCUACAUUUAGUAGUUUUAAUAUCCAAAAGCGUAAGCGAAAAAUUACUUUUGCUAUAUUGAAAACGAUAAACAGCAAGGAGUUACAGCACGACGCACACAAAACUACAGAAUAUUGUUGUUUCAGUACAGUCAGAUGAAAGGUGGAGGAUAGUUCGGAAGUCUCAAUUCGAGCCUUUAUCAGAGAUAUUGUAAUGCAUAUUAAUACAAAUAAGAAAGAAAGUUUAAAGCGGAAAUGCAUGAAGUUUACAAAAACAACUUUUUCUCUCCGUCAAUUCCUCAAAUAUAAAUGCAAACACGUAACAAUCAUCUAACAUCGUAAUAAUAAAUAAUCGUAACAAAUCAGGUAAGCCGUCAGCUCGUAUAGUAGCAAUAGCAAUUAUAGUUAUGAUUUUAAAUCAAAAAUCAAAACUAUAAUUGCUAUUUCUUCUUUCAAAUGUUUAAUACUUGAAAAAGUAUUCAUUUGACAUUGUGGGUUACCUACAAUGCGAAGAGAUGGCGCUGCCUUGCAGCUUAAGGCUAGGAAAAUUUCAACGCGGCUAAUAGGGCCGUGGUAGCAUAAUGGUCAGUGCAUUCGCCCGGAUAGCGAAGGAUGCGGGUUCGAGUCCCAUCCGCUGCCUGGUCCGCGUGGAUUUUUUUCUAGUAAACUUUUCUUUAGAUUUAAACAUCUAGCAGUUAAAUGCUUAAAAAAAAAUCAUAACCAAAAUUUUUUUUUUUAGUUUGUUUGUAUGUCCCGGAUAAACUCAAAAGUACUGCAUGGAUUUACUCCAAUUUUGCCACGAAUAUUUUUAAGAAGUCGGGUCAAGUGUCUAGCAAUACCUAUUUCUUUAGUGUAAUAGCAUCAAAGGGGUAUUCGUUUUUUAAUUCUAUAAUCUUUAACUUGUAUACUCACAGUGCUGAGCGGACAGAAGUUGGGCGAGCAUGACGCUCGCUUGCGGCAGACUUGGCUCUGACGCCACGCUGUUGAGGGGUGGAGGUAGUCUCCCUCCCCCUCCUUCCCCCGCCCCUACACCCCCGGAUGUCGAUCGAGAUCGCAUUCGUACGCUGCUUGUACUUUCGCGCGGCUGUGGACAAAAUAUUCAUCACAUAGGGGCCGUUCAAGUUUAUGUAAGCAGAUUUUUUACAAUUUAACUUCCGGUUAAAGUGACAUUACACUAUAUGAUUUGACGUUUUGAUGAUUGCCGUGUUUCGUCACACACCAGUGAGACUCCUUAUUGUCCAAAGAAACGUUUUCGCUGAAACUUGAAAAUUGAAUUUUUGACUUAGUUUUUUUUUUACUAAAAUACGCUACAGAAUGAUGAAUAUCCACUUUUUAUGGACAACAAAAAAUAUUUAAUAACGUGGGAUCAUUUUAAAGUUGUCAAAUACCGUAUUGCGGUCUCGUCUCUAAGGGUUGUGGGAGGAGGUGUGUUUGUAGUCGCAACCGCUAGCGACCAAUCAGCGUUGAUAUGAGCACCCAGCAGUAAGCUAUGCGACUAAUCAGCGUCAAGGUGUAGUGUAGUGGAAUGUAUCUUACCCGCGGUGUGUGGUCUUGUCUCUGCGGAUCGUGGGAGGGGGUGUAGCAGCGAAGCGACCAAUCAGCGAUGAGGUAAUCACCUAGCUGUAAGCUGUGCGAUCAGUCAGCGUCGAGGUGUAGUGUAGUGGAAUGUAUCGCAUCCGUGGCGUGUAGUCUUUUCUAUACGGUUCGUGGAAGAGGGGCGUGGUUGUGGGCGCGGCCACCAGCAACCAAUCAGCGUUGAGAUAACCAACUAGCUAUAAUCUGUGUGACCAAUCAGCGUCGAGGUGUAGUGUAGUGGAGUGUAUCUCUGCGUGUUGUCUCGUCUCUGCGGGUCGUGGGGAGCGUAGUUGGGGCCGCGCUGCCAGCGAGCAAUGAGUCUUGAGACAAGCUCCCAGCUGUAAGCUGUGCUUCCAAUCAGCGUAGAGGACUAGUGUAAGGGAGUGUAUCUCACCCUCGGCGUGUGGUCUCGUCUCUGCAGUUCAUGAGAGGGGGGCGUGGUAGUGGGCGGGGCCGCCAGCGACCAAUCAGCAUUGAGAUGAGCUCCCAGCGGUAAACUAUGCGAUCUGUACUGCUCUUGAGGACGUGAUCCCGACGCGGGCGAGUUCACACUCGCUA